CUUAAACAUCAUGACCUUAACCUGCUUCAAGUUUACUUGCUGAAACGCAGGGCAGUUUCGAUGCCAAAAUAUUAGAGUUUUGAAGCACAAUUAGUUAAAAUCCGCAGUAUUUUUCCAAUGGCAGCAAGAACUGUCGCCACCGCAACAGUGAGAGCAGUCAAACGCAAAUUACUGCCCACAAGACAGGCCCUGACACUGACUCCUGCAGCUGUUGGCAGAGUCAAGGAGCUGUUAAAGGACAAGAGCGACUAUGUUGGAUUAAAAAUCGGUGUUAGGCAAAGAGGAUGCAAUGGGCUCUCCUACACCUUGCAGUAUGCGGAUAAGAAAGAAAAGCUGGAUGAAGAGGUCGUGCAGGACGGAGUGAGGGUUUUCAUAGACAAGAAGGCACAGUUGACCCUGUUGGGUACCGAGAUGGACUACGUUGAAAACAAACUAAGUUCAGAAUUUGUGUUCAACAAUCCGAACAUAAAAGGCACUUGUGGAUGUGGGGAGUCGUUUAGUGUGUGAUUAAUUAGCUGAAUGGGCUCCCAAGUUUUCUUCGAGCAGCCUGAAACUCAAUGAAGGCAUUGUAGAUAGAUAAAUAUUUAUUUGAACGAUAAGUAAAUGUAAGUAGAUAAUGAUAA